AUGUCUGAGUCUCGAUCGUCCCCGUAUCUCCUGCUGACUUCAAAACCUCCGAAUCGCCAGGAGACAACCUCAAACCCGGCUGCGACCUUGGCGUGGAUUCAAACUCGUUUGACUAGCAUCUAUGAAAUCGCGAGAGCAGACCAACAAGAGGACAAGCUUUCAACUCUCGACCGUGCUAGUUACUUGGACAUUUAUACAGCGAUCCACGAUUUCUGCAUUGCUACCAUGUCCGGGCAAAAAGGCCUCAACCCGGGAGACUUCUAUCGCAUAUUGGAUCGUAUAAUCAGGGAGCACUGUAUUGAGAUCCGAACACGCAUUUUGGAAUCGAAAGACGGUGGUGCAACUCUGGAGCAAUUGACUACAACGUAUCUGACUCGGCGAAACGGAUUUACGCGACUGGUUGGUUUUGUUACCCAUCUGACACAGCCGCUGGAGCGAGUUUGGAUUCGACGACAGAUUGACGAAGGUCGAAAAGAUGUUCGUCUCAAUCGUGAUCUUCACGAGAUGAUCUGGCAGCAGGAAGUUCUUGGGACUGAUGCGAAGGCGACAGGAUUGGAGGAGAUGGCGAAUGCUGCCGAAGCACUUCAUAUCCAGGACGGGAGCGAAUCAAACAGCGACGAAGAGCCCACCAAAACCUUCUUAAAUCCAUAA